AUGAUGAAGAUGAAGAUGAAGAUGGAAUCGUCUUCGGAGAAGUCCAGAAGGUUGAUGAGCAGCUGCCGCCAUUGUUGCGUGGGCUUCAUCUUCACCCUGAGCCUCACCGUUCUCUUCUUGUGUCUCAGCCUGCUUCCUUCCACACCAGUCAUCUACCUUGAGUACUGCGAAGUCAAUAUCACAGACCCCGCCGUAUUCAUCUCCUUCCAUCCAGAGAACACCAACAUGGACAAGGAAAUUUACUAUGAAUACUUCAGCGUCACUCUAUCUUUUUAUCAGUAUUACAACAUAAGCAAUGCCAUGCCUAACAUCAUCCCCGUUGGGAAUGCUUUGGCAUCUGGGUUCCAUCAAGAGUGCCGUAUCAGGGACAACCUCUAUGGGGAAUACUUUCCUCCGAACGUGACUAUUCCCUCGGAAUCAGAAAAUUUUAAGAAUGAAUUGUUGAUGGAUGAAAUUAGUUUUCACGUGAGAGUGACGGCGACGUGGAGUUCUUCUGCUGGUGAAUCUAUUAGAAUACAAAACCCAUCAGUCCCCCAUUUCAGAAGUCUUGAUGAUUUAUUGCUUUUCUUUGACGGCUUGGUUGAUGGACUCCUUAGUGAUUCAAGCCGAUUUGUCUACUCUGAAUAUCUUAAUCAAUUGCUUAAGCCACUUGAGUCGGUGGAUUUUGGUUUCUCUGCAUUGGAUAGCAUCCUGAAAAGUGGUUAUGAACCAGAUGUUAUUACAUUGAGCACUCUGAUUAAGGGGCUUUGUUUGAAGAAUGAAAUUGGAAAGGCAAUGGAGUUUUUCUACAAAAUAGUGGAGUUAGGGUACCCGUGUAAUGAGGUCACUUAUGGAACAAUAAUUGAUGGGCUUUGCAAGAGCGGAGAUCCUGUUAAGGCCCUCAUGUUGCUAAGGGAGAUAGAAGAGAAUGGAAAGGGGAGUGAUAUUUUUGCAAAGAUGGUAGAUCCAGUUGAUAUUUCGCCUUAG